AAAUGGUCUGCUUCCAUGGAACCGAUGGCAUCCUAUGCUCCUUUAGCUGAGCUUCCAGAGCAUCAAAGCCCCAGUAAGGUACUAACUCCUACUCCUCCCAAACAGCUCCGUACUGCUCUAAAGCCAAGUGCCUGUAAACCUUCCACCUCUCCACCUUCUUAUGUUUUUAAUGAAACAGAAGAUGUAAUUAAAGCUAACAUUACAGAUCCUCUGAAAAUCAUUAAAAUAAUAUGUGAAAACAAAAAUCUUGGAUUCCUGUACAUGACUCCAGCAGUUCCUAAGUCAUCCAUUAAAUACGAUACUUUUAAUUUGAAAAUUGUAAACUAUGACUGCAUCAACAAAAAUGACUACUACACCAUUAGCCAGAAAGCAGUUAUCCACACAUGUGAUGGAGAAGUUGAAUUCAUGCAGCUAGAUCGCUGGGAGCAGGAAUAUCUGUAUCACAAAACAUUUACUAAGAUUCCCAUAUUUGCUAUCUUUUGCAAACUGAAGUCAUUUACAGAGUGGAGGAAAAAUGUCCGUGCCAAGAAAAUCAGUGCGUGCCGUAAAGCUUUGCAGGAGAACUUGUUCAUCGUUAAUGCUUCCUUGCGGCCUGCAGUGCUUAAUGUUCAAGAAAUGUGUUACCGAAUCAGUGACAUGGGGCUUUGUCGUAUUGAGAAAGGUUACACGUACACCCUGGAGGAAUUUAGAAGCACUCAGUUCAAACAACUGGAUGAGGUGGCAAGCCGUCUAGCAGAGUUCAGGGAGCUAGCGAAAGAAGUUGUUAGAAGUGCUUGUCGAACUGCCCUGCUUGAAUCUGGAUUCACUCCUGAUGAUUAUUUUUAUGGAUCAGGCAAACAGGUAACUAUGGUAACUGGAUUAGCUGCUUCAAGUCUCCUUGUUAUUCCUCAUUAUGAAAGAGAACUUUAUGGAGAAACAGCUGAGAAAAUGACCUACACAGAACAGGCCAACAAAAGGUCUCAUUGUAGAAGGUUAACAUGCUUUAUCCGUCUUGCUGACUACCUAAUAGUGAACACUAUGCAUGUCCUGGCAGUAAAAUCAGUCACUACUCUUUUGAACUACCUUUCUGAUAAGUUGAAAAGGACACCUGCUGCAGAUGUCAUACAGAAGUGGAAUACAGAGGAAAAAAUUGAAGUCUCUGAAAAAAAGGCUGUGUCAGGGACUGCAGGGCAGGAUGAAGAAGAAUCAUUUCUGCCCAUGUUUCUUACAGAGUUAAUUUUGGAGAUCCAUGCAUUGUUGUUUGCACCAUCUUUGGAUGACUUCCAGGAAGGUAUUGCAGAUAUUAUUAAUCAGUUUCAGGCAACUGUGUUGUCUGUUGCUAAUCUUGUACCUGAUCAAUACUUUGAUGCCUUUACUCGUCCUAUUAUUAAUAACAAAACUGAAGAAAAGACUUGUGGUGAAGGACCAAGUUUAUCAACCAUGUUUAAAGAUGAUAAGCAUUUGCAAGCUAUCAUCCAGCAAAUAAAGGAAACUGUGUAUUCAGCAUUUGAAGCAGCCAACUUAUAUGCAGACACUUUUGAACAGUUUCGGUUAUUUUUCAAAGAAAAUGAAGGUCUUGAUUUGGAAGCUCUGAAGCAGCAGGAACAUGGUGUCGAUUUCUUUGCGGAACAACUGGAGAAAUAUCACAGAGAACACAAAGAUGCUUUGGCUAUAAAGCAGAAAAGAAAUUUAGGCUUGUUGCUUAUAGAUGCUAGAAAACUGAAAGAAAAAUUAAUACCAUCACCAAAGCGCUGCUUGGAGGUCAUUAAUGAUAUGCUUCCAGUUAUUGGGAAGAAAAAAGUGACUGACAUUAUAGCUGAGGCACAAGAUGCCAAAUUUAAACUUGAGUUUCUCCCAUCCACAACUACAGAAUACGUGAAUAGCCUGAUAUUCCUUGAUGAAAUUCAGGAACGAAUUGAAAGCCUUGAAGAAGAAGGAAAUGUGGUAACUCAGAUGUAUCAGCUUAUUGAACAGUACCAAGUACCGACACCUCCUGAAGAUUUUGCUCUUUUUGCAACUCUGAAACCAUCCAUUGUUGCGGUUCGCAAUGCAAUUGACAAAUCAGUGGGUGAAAGAGAUUCCAGCAUUACCAAAUUUUGUCAACAUUUAGACCAAGAUGUUGUAGAGCUAAAUGAGGAAGUGAAAGAAGUGAAACAGCAAGCCCAGGACCCACAGAUUUUGGAUAUUGCAGCUGACCAAGCCAAAGUAAAACAAACUCUAACAGACUUGCAAACCAUUCUAGAUGAGCUACAGAAACGGGCAUUCCAGUAUAAAUCCUACCAGAAGAAUUUUAAGGUGGAAAUUUCAAAAUUUGAUGCUUUGGAGGAAGUUAGUGCAGAACUGAAACUCAAACAGCUGCUUUGGGAUUCUUGUUCUGAAUGGGAAAUACUCCAAACAGAAUGGAUGGAGUGUAAAUUUGAUAGCUUGGAUCCAGAAUACCUGAAUUCUCAGGUUUCCAAGUACGCCAAAUUUGUGAAUCAAUUGGAAAAGGGUUUGCCACCCAAUAAUAUAGUGCCCCGGCUCAAGGGGAAUGUGGAGAAGAUGAGAGAAAAGCUUCCAGUUAUCACAGACCUAAGAAACCCCUUUUUGAAACCCAGGCACUGGGCAGUUUUGGAGCAAAUAGUUAAUGCACCACUGGUGGAUGUGGAAUACCCAUUAUCUUUGGCUCGACUGGUUGAGCUCAGUGCUUUUGAAUUUUCUCAAGAAAUUCAGGAUGUUUCUGGACAAGCUUCUGGAGAAGCUUCCUUAGAGACCAUUCUCAAAAAGGUGGAGGAUUCUUGGAAAACAACUGAAUUCAUUGUUCUUCCUCAUCGUGAUUCUAAAGAUGUUUUUAUCCUUGGUGGUACAGACGACAUUCAGGUUCUUCUUGAUGACAGCACUAUUAAUGUAGCAACUAUAGCCUCCUCACGAUAUGUGGGCCCUCUGAAAGCACGUGUUGAUGAAUGGCAAAAGCAGCUCUCCUUAUUUAGUCAAACAUUGGAAGAGUGGUUGACAUGUCAGAGAAACUGGCUUUACUUAGAAAGUAUUUUUAGUGCUCCUGAUAUACAGAGGCAGCUACCUGGAGAGGCAAAGAUGUUCUUACAGGUGGAUAAGUCCUGGAAGGAAAUAAUGAGAAAAGUUAAUCGUCUGCCAAAUGCUCUUCGUGCUGCUACUCAGCCUGGCCUCUUAGAGACUUUUCAGAAUAACAAUGGGCUACUUGAUCAAAUUCAAAAAUGCCUAGAGGCUUAUUUGGAGUCCAAGCGAGUUAUCUUUCCCAGGUUUUACUUUUUAUCAAACGAUGAACUCCUGGAAAUCUUGGCCCAGACUCGCAAUCCUCAAGCAGUUCAGCCUCAUUUAAGAAAAUGCUUUGAUUCAAUUUCUAAACUAGAGUUUGCCAUGAUGGCUCCAUCUGAAGGAGAAGAAAAGGUUUUUACUAAUGAUAUUUUAGCAAUGUUGUCACCCGAGGGAGAGAGGGUUGGCUUAGGGAAAGGACUUAAGGCCAGAGGAAAUGUAGAAGACUGGCUUAGUAAAGUAGAAGAAGCCAUGUUCUCUUCUCUUAGACGCCUGACUAAAGCUGCUAUUGCUGAUUAUCAAACCAGAGUGAGAAUGGAAUGGGUUGUUGCUGGACACCCAUCUCAGGUUGUCCUGACUGUUUCCCAGCUCAUGUGGUGCCGUGAUCUGACUCAGUGCUUAGAAGGAGAAGAUCAUGAUCACUUACAAGCUUUAAGUGACUUUGAAAAAAUAAAUGUUGAUAGGUUAAAUGCACUGGCUGGAUUAGUCCGUGGUAUUCUUCCAAAAUUACACAGAAAUAUUAUAACAGCGUUGAUAACUAUUGAUGUACAUGCAAGAGAUAUCGUCAGUGAACUUGUGGCAGAAAAGGUGGACACUGUUGACAAUUUUGAAUGGCAAAGACAACUACGUUAUUACUGGGAUCUUGAUCUGGAUAACUGUGUUGCUAGGAUGGCUUUAUCCCAGUAUACUUAUGGCUAUGAAUACCUAGGAGCAUGUCCAAGAUUGGUGAUAACCCCACUGACUGAUCGCUGCUACCUUUGCCUUAUGGGAGCUUUGCAGCUUGACCUAGGUGGAGCUCCUGCUGGACCUGCUGGAACUGGUAAAACAGAGACUACUAAAGACCUUGCCAAAGCACUUGCCAUCCAGUGUGUUGUGUUUAACUGCUCUGAUGGUUUGGAUUACAAGAUGAUGGGACGAUUCUUCAGUGGUUUGGCCCAGUCUGGAGCAUGGUGCUGCUUUGAUGAAUUUAACCGAAUUGAUAUUGAAGUUCUGUCUGUGAUUGCUCAGCAGCUGAUUACUAUUAGGAAUGCUAAAGCUGCAAAGCUCUCUCGAUUUAUGUUUGAGGGACGUGAAAUAAAGUUGGUUAUGACCUGUGUGGCAUUCAUCACAAUGAAUCCUGGCUAUGCUGGACGAACAGAGCUACCUGACAAUCUAAAAGCUCUCUUCAGACCCUUUGCAAUGAUGGUUCCAAAUUAUGCCUUGAUUGCUGAGGUGAUUCUGUAUUCUGAAGGAUUUGAAUCUAGUAAAAUUCUUGCAAGGAAGAUGACUCAAAUGUACAAACUUUGUAGCGAGCAGCUUUCUCAACAAGAUCAUUAUGACUUUGGAAUGAGAGCAGUCAAAUCUGUAUUAGUCAUGGCUGGGUCACUAAAAAGAGAGAACCCAGAUCUGAAUGAGGAAGUGGUAUUAAUAAGGGCUUUACGAGAUUCUAACCUACCGAAAUUUCUUGCAGAUGAUGCUCUUCUGUUCAGUGGGAUUAUUUCUGAUCUUUUCCCAGGAGUCAUAAUCCCAGAACAUGACUAUGGGAUACUACAAUCAACAAUUAUAGAUGUCAUGCUUUCAAAAGGAUUGCAGCCUGAAGCAAGCAUGGUUCAUAAAGUCAUACAGCUCUAUGAAACCAUGUUAGUAAGGCAUGGUGUUAUGCUUGUUGGGCCAACAGGAGGUGGAAAAACUACAGUUUACCAAAUUCUGGCACAGACUUUAGGAGUUUUACAUGAGGCUGGUGAGGAAAAUCCUUUUUACCAGCCUGUCAAAACCUAUAUUCUGAACCCCAAAUCAAUUACAAUGGGUGAAUUGUAUGGUGAAGUUAAUAAUUUAACUCUCGAGUGGAAAGAUGGCUUGAUGGGUCUUAGUGUUCGAGCAGCUGUUAAUGACACCACUGAAGAUCACAAGUGGAUCAUCAGUGACGGGCCAGUGGAUGCACUGUGGAUUGAAAACUUGAACACUGUUUUGGAUGAUAACAAGAUGCUUUGCUUGGCAAACAGUGAAAGAAUCAAACUCACACCCUCCAUCCAUAUGGUGUUUGAGGUACAAGAUCUGAAGGUUGCCUCACCUGCAACAGUUAGCCGAUGUGGAAUGGUAUACAUUGACCCCGAUGAACUGAAGUGGGUCCCAUAUGUACAGACUUGGAUGGCAGGUCUUCCAAAUAAAUUAAGUGAGGAAGCAAAACAGCAUUUGUUUGAUCUGUUUUGUCGCUAUGUUGAUGAUGGUCUAAAGUUUGUCAAUAAAAAGUGCUCACAAGCUAUUCCACAAGUGGACAUCAGUAAAGUUACUACGCUUUGUUGUUUACUGGAGUCUUUGCUGUUUGGAAAAGGAGGCCCUGAUCUUAAAAUGGACCAAUCAAAAUUAAACACCAUAGUCUGCCAGACUUUUGUUUUCUGCUAUUUAUGGUCACUGGGUGGAAAUUUAACGGAAAACUACUGGGAUAUUUUUGAUACGUUUGUGAGACAACAGUUCGAGGACAAUCCUGAAGCCAAGCUUCCAACCUCUGGAGAUCUGUGGAGUGUUUACAUGGAUUUUGAUAUUAGGCGACUGGAUCUCUGGGAGAGGAUUAUACCUACAUUCAAGUACAGCAGAGAAGUGCCAUUUUUUGAAAUGCUUGUUCCAACUACGGACACUGUGCGUUAUGGCUACCUGAUGGAAAAAUUGUUAGCCGUCAGACAUUCUGUAUUGCUCACAGGAAUUACUGGGGUCGGCAAGUCUGUAGUUGCAAGGGGAUUGCUAAACCGAAUACAAGAAGAAGCAGGCUAUGUUCCUGUUUACCUAAACUUCUCGGCUCAGACGUCAUCUGCUAGAACACAAGAGAUUAUCGAGUCCAAAUUAGAAAAGAAAAGAAAAAAUAUUUUAGGCGCACCAGGAAACAAAAGAGUUGUUAUUUUUGUGGAUGAUCUAAACAUGCCUAAAUUGGAUCGGUAUGGUUCUCAGCCUCCGAUUGAGCUACUUCGGCAGUACCAAGAUUUUGGAGGAUUCUAUGACAGAGAGAAACUAUUUUGGAAAGAAAUACAGGAUGUAACGAUUGCAUCAGCUUGUGCACCCCCAGGCGGUGGUCGCAAUCCAGUAACUCCGCGUUUCAUAAGACACUUUGCCAUGCUGUGCCUUCCAACACCCUCGGAGCACAGCCUUAAACAAAUUUUUCAGGCAAUCUUAAAGGGCUUUUUGGCUGAAUUCUCUCCAGCAGUAAAGCAGACUGCAACGAGCAUAGUGGAUGCUGCUGUUGAAAUAUAUCAAAGAAUGAGCAUUGAUCUUCUCCCAACGCCUGCAAAAUCCCAUUAUGUAUUUAAUUUACGUGAUUUGUCAAAGUGUGUGCAAGGCAUUCUCCAAUGUGAUCCUGGAGCAGUCAGAGACCAAACGCAGAUCUUCAGACUCUUUUGCCAUGAGUGUCAGAGAGUCUUCCAUGACCGCCUCAUCAACAGUGAAGAUAAACAGUAUUUUCAUUCUAUGUUAUCUGAAAUGGCCAGCAAACAUUUUGCAGUCCCAGUUGACCCAGAUUACUUUGUAAGAAAACCAAUCAUCUUUGGAGACUUCCUUAAAAUGGGCGCAGAUAAAGCUGAUCGAAUAUAUGAGGAUCUGACUGAUACAGAGAAGAUUAUAUCAGUUUUACAAGACUACCUGGAUGACUACAAUAUAACAAACUCUAAGGAGACAAAGCUGGUGUUCUUCCAGGAUGCCAUCGAGCAUGUUUCAAGAAUUGCUCGGAUGAUCCGUCAGGAAAGAGGAAAUGCCCUGCUUGUUGGAGUAGGAGGUACUGGCAAACAGUCUCUCACUCGACUUGCCUCUCAUAUAUGUGGGUACAAAUGCUUUCAGAUAGAACUUAGCCGUGGUUAUAAUUACGACAGUUUUCAUGACGAUCUGAGGAAGCUGUAUAAGAUGGCAGGAGUAGAAGACAAAGAUAUGGUUUUCCUCUUCACAGACACACAGAUUGUUGUAGAGGAGUUCUUGGAAGACAUAAACAAUAUUCUCAAUUCUGGGGAAGUACCUAAUUUAUUUGAAAAAGAUGAAUUGGAACAGGUUCUGGCACCUACGAGACCCAAAGCUAAAGAGGCAGGAAUACCAGAGGGGAGCAGAGAUGAGGUAUUUCAAUACUUCAUUAACCGAGUUCGUCAGAAGCUGCAUAUCGUUCUCUGUAUGAGUCCUGUAGGUGAAGCUUUCCGAUCGCGAUGUCGGAUGUUUCCAUCCCUUGUGAAUUGCUGUACUAUUGAUUGGUUUGUGCAGUGGCCCAGAGAAGCACUUCUUUCUGUAUCAAGGACAUUUUUCCUGAAUGUUGAUCUUGGAAGUGACGAGUUGAAAGAGAAAGUUUCAGUCAUGUGUGUAGAUAUUCAUAUGAGUGUCACUGAAAUGGCAGAUCGAUAUUAUGCUGAGCUGCGGCGACGAUAUUACACAACACCCACUUCGUAUUUAGAAUUAAUCAAUCUCUACUUGACCAUGCUGGGGGAAAAAAGGAAGCAGUUGGUUUCAGCUCGGGAUCGAGUGAAGAAUGGCUUAUCCAAACUAUUAGAGACGAACGUGCUUGUAGAUAAAAUGAAAUUAGAUCUCUCAGCUUUGGAGCCAGUCCUUGUAGAGAAAUCAGUGGAUGUUGAGGCUUUGAUGGAAAAAUUAGCAGUGGAUCAAGAAAAUGCUGAUCAGGUUCGCCGGGUUGUUCAAGAAGAUGAAGCUAUUGCAAAAGUGAAAGCGGAAGAGACUCAGGCAAUUGCUGAUGAUGCUCAACGGGAUCUGGAUGAAGCUCUCCCAGCUUUAGAGGCUGCAAACAAAGCUCUUGACUCUUUGGAUAAAGCAGAUAUAUCGGAAAUUAGAGUUUUUACCAAGCCUCCGGAUCUUGUCAUGACUGUAAUGGAAGCUAUCUCCAUUCUUUUAAAUGCAAAGCCUGACUGGGCAGCAGCAAAACAGCUCCUUGGAGAUUCCAAUUUCCUCAAAAAACUUUUAGAAUAUGAUAAAGAAAAUAUAAAGCCUCAAAUAUUGUUAAAGCUUCAGAAAUAUAUAAAUAACCCAGAUUUUGUGCCUGAAAAAGUAGAGAAGGUGUCCAGGGCCUGUAGGUCAAUGUGCAUGUGGGUGAGAGCCAUGGAUUUAUACUCUAGAGUCGUCAAAGAAGUUGAGCCAAAGAGGCAAAAGUUAAAUGCUGCACAGGCUGAGCUCGAUGCUACUAUGGCUACCCUUCGCGACAAACAAAAGAAAUUAAAGCAGGUGGAGGAUCAGAUCCAGGCAUUACAAGACCAGUAUGAAAGAAGCCUGGAAGAAAAAGAGAGCCUUGCAAGGACCAUGGCACUUACCCAAGCUCGCCUCACUAGAGCUGGAAAGCUUACAGCUGCAUUAGGAGAUGAACAAGUUCGGUGGGAAGAGAGCAUCAGGAAUUUUGAAGAUGAGAUUUCAAACAUCAUAGGGAAUGUGUUCAUAGCAGCUGCUUGUGUUGCCUAUUAUGGGGCUUUUACAGCACUUUAUAGGCAACUGCUGAUAGAUUGCUGGAUCAAGAAAUGUCAAAAUCUAGAGAUUCCUAUCAGUCCAGACUUCAGUCUUAUAAACAUUUUGGGAGAUCCCUAUGAAAUUCGCCAGUGGAACACAGAUGGGUUACCACGUGACUAUGUGUCUACCGAGAAUGGGAUUCUUGUGACUCGAGGGCGACGCUGGCCACUGAUGAUUGACCCCCAGGAUCAGGCAAAUCGGUGGAUAAGAAACAAAGAAAUGAAAUCUGGUUUAAAGAUAAUUAAGCUUACAGAUGCUGGUUUCCUGCGUACUCUUGAGAAUGCUAUUAGAUUGGGUUUACCUGUUCUUCUAGAAGAGCUGAAGGAAAUCUUGGACCCUGCACUGGAGCCUGUUCUUUUGAAGCAGACCUUUGUUUCUGGUGGAAGAAUGCUUAUUCGCCUUGGAGAUUCUGACAUUGAUUAUGACAGAAACUUUAGGUUCUACAUGACAACUAAACUACCAAAUCCACACUACCUUCCAGAGGUGUGUAUUAAAGUUACUAUAAUCAAUUUCACUGUAACCAGAUCUGGCCUGGAGGAUCAGCUGCUAAGUGAUGUUGUGCGACUGGAGAAACCUGAGCUUGAGGAACAAAGAACCCAGCUCAUUGUGAGAAUCAAUGCUGAUAAAAAUCAGUUGAAAGCUAUUGAAGACAAAAUUCUAAAAAUGUUGUUUACUUCUGAGGGAAACAUCCUAGACAAAGAAGAACUCAUCAACACACUCCAGGAAUCAAAGGUUACAUCUGGUGCCAUUAAAACAAGGCUAAAAGAAGCAGAAUCUACUGAAGAGAAGAUAAACACUGCUCGUGAAAAAUACCGCCCUGUUGCUACUCGAGGGUCUGUCAUGUACUUUGUAAUUGCAAGUCUGUCAGAGAUUGAUCCCAUGUAUCAGUUUUCCUUAAAAUAUUUUAAGCAGUUAUUUAAUACAACUAUUGAGACUUCUGAAAAGAAUAAUAAUUUGCAGCAGCGCCUGGCAAUACUGCUUAGCCAGACUCUCUAUGCAACUUAUACCAAUGUUUCCCGCGGCCUUUUUGAACAACACAAACUCAUCUACAGCUUUAUGCUGUGCAUUGAGAUCAUGCGGCAGAGAGAAGAACUUACCGAUACAGAAUGGAACUUUUUCCUCCGGGGCUCUGCUGGCUUAGAUAAGCAACGCCCUGCUAAGCCCGAUGUUCCAUGGCUCGAAGACACCACAUGGUUUAUGUGUUGUGACUUAGAGGAAACACUCCCGUGUUUUCAAGGAAUUCAGAAUGACAUACUGUCCACACACAUUUUCAUUAAAUUAGAGCAAACUGAAGAAGAAAAAAAGGAAGGCACAAUGAAAGCUUCCUGGGACACAAGACUGAGCAUGUUUCAGAAAUUAAUUAUUGUGAAAAGCUUUAUGGAAGAAAAGGUGGUCUCUGCACUUACUGAGUUUGUAAUAGAGAACCUUGGAAAACAAUUCAUAGAGAAUCCCCCAGUUGACUUGGGAACUCUUUAUCAAGACAUGUCCUCUUCAACGCCUCUGGUGUUUAUCCUAAGCACAGGCUCUGACCCCAUGGGAGCUUUCCAGAGGUUCGCAAAAGAGCGAGGAUAUUCAGAACGAGUACGGUCAAUUUCACUAGGGCAAGGGCAAGGACCUAUUGCAGAAAAGCUGAUAAAGGAUGCAAUGAAAACAGGAAAUUGGGUUUUUCUGCAAAACUGUCAUCUAGCAGUUUCAUGGAUGUUAGCUAUGGAGGAGCUUAUAAAAAGCUUUACCGAGCCAAAUGUUUCUAUUCAGGAGAGCUUUCGACUCUAUUUAAGUUCCAUGCCUAGUGAAACCUUUCCUGUCACUGUCCUUCAGAACUCUGUCAAGGUAACCAAUGAGCCUCCAAAAGGUCUUCGUGCAAACAUCAGGCGAGCAUUCACAGAGAUGACGACUACGUUUUUUGAAGACAAUAUCCUUGGCAUAAAUUGGAGGAAAAUGAUUUUUGGCAUUUGCUUCUUCCAUGCUAUCGUUCAGGGUGAAAUUACUUACGGAGGGCGAGUUACAGACACCUGGGAUCAGAGAUGCCUGCGUACAGUCUUAAAGAGGUUUUUUGCUCCUGAAACAUUAGAAUAUGAUUACAAAUAUUCCGAGUCAGGUAUAUAUUUUGCCCCUAUGGCUGAUAGUUUGCAAGAUUAUAAAGACUAUAUUGAAAAUUUUCCUUUGAUCGACGACCCAGAAAUAUUUGGAAUGCAUGAGAACGCCAAUUUGGCUUUCCAGCGUAAAGAGACUAGCACUUUAAUCACGACAAUACUUGAGGUUCAGCCAAGAUCAACUGCACAAGGAUCAGGAAAAAGCAAUGAUGAAAUUGUUCAAGAGCUUGCUAGCACUAUCUUGACAAAACUAUCUGGAAAACUGGAUAUAGACACUGCUUCAGAAAGCCUUUUUGUCAAGGAUGACAAAGGACGUGUGGACUCUUUAACUACUGUACUUGGACAAGAAGUGGAUCGGUUCAACAAUCUGCUCGACUUGUUAAGAAGCUCUUUAGAAACCCUCAACAAAGCUAUUGCUGGUUUUGUGGUGAUGUCGGAAGAGAUGGAGAAAGUAUACAACAGUUUUCUUAACAACCAAGUUCCCACACUCUGGGCCAAUGCAGCAUACCCUUCUCUGAAGCCAUUAGGAGGAUGGGUAAAAGACCUUGUACUAAGGACAACCUUUGUAGAUUCCUGGCUCAGAAGGGGUCAACCGAAGUCGUUCUGGAUCUCUGGUUUCUUUUUUCCACAAGGAUUCCUGACAGGCACUCUUCAAAAUCAUGCUCGGAAAUAUAACUUACCAAUAGAUGAGCUUAGUUUCAGCUAUAAUGUCAUCCCUGUUUAUCGAGAUCAAGCACAAGUUACAGAAGCAUUAAAAGUGUGCCAAUUUGGACAAGAAUUACCUAUGGAUAUGCAGUUACCCUCUCCAGAAGAUGGUGUAUUGGUACAUGGUAUGUUCAUGGAUGCCAGUCGUUGGGAUGAUGAAGAGAUGGUUAUAGAAGAUGCCUUACCUAGGCAAAUGAAUCCAAUGUUGCCAGUGGUGCAUUUUGAGCCCCAUCGAAAUUAUGAACCAAAUCCAUCUUUGUAUCAAUCACCACUUUAUAAAACUGGAGCCAGAGCUGGGACACUCUCCACCACAGGUCAUUCUACCAAUUUUGUGGUAACAGUCUUAUUACCCUCCAAAAGACCAAGUGACUACUGGAUAUCGAAAGGAUCGGCCUUGCUCUGCCAGCUGAAUGAGUAA